UCUUGGAUGUGUGACGAAACGUUUUUCCCACUGAAAACGUCCAGGUGAACAGAAUCAACUUUCGGGAUCUCAGAGUAAAGUCAGCUGGUUGAAAGUGGGGAUAUGAGCAAAAGUAGCUGACCACUGAGUGACCCGCUUAAACUCCGAUACUCUUUAUAAACGGUAGCGGUGUUAUUGCCGUUAACUGCGGUAGUUCCUAUUGUGUUGUUAGCCGUACUUUAUCACACAUGGCACCAUGACUCCAGCUGGUCUGAGAUCAGAUUGUUUUUAUUCCGAUGGCAGCCCCACGUGUUAGUUUCCGGAAACAAAUUUAAGAGCGCAUCGGUGCCGUUUCCAUUGAUUCUCUUGGCUAGAAUAACUCCCGCUCUGCUCUGAUUGGUGUGUAGGCCACUGUGGACGUGUGCUGCGUUCCGGUAACCUCGGAAUUUCCGACACGUGCGUCCCGGUAUUAAAGUUUUUUGUGGCGCAAGAUUUUGCCGUUAGCAAUACAACGAAGUGUUUUUGUUUUUGCACGUAAACGCAGCCAUGAUCGUUAACUCGGGGUGGGCGGGGCUGCGCCGCUUUGGAAAUUAGACUUGAGAGGACGUUUAAGAUUCCGGCUGUAAACUCGGGAAUUCGUCGUUACAGAGGAAGAAGUCAGCCCUGAAGCAGCACUGUGUGCACCCGGUGUCUGUGACGUGUGACGGAGGUCUGCAGAGGGAGAUCGGGCUCUUUCAAACUGUGCAUUUCGGAGAUGGCGGUGCAUGUGACCCUGAACGGGACGUUUUUGUCUAACCGCUAUGAGCUGCUGGCGUGGCUAAACGAAACCUUACAGACGAGCUUCACCAAGGUGGAGCAGGCAUGCACAGGUGCGGCGUAUUGCCAGCUGAUGGACUGGCUGUUUCCCGGCUCCUUGGACCUCUCCAGGGUCCAGUUCCAGUGCGACACCAUCAUGCACUCUCUGCACAACUUCACCUUACUGCAGGCUGCUUUCAGGAAGGCCGGAGUGAUCAGACACAUCCCCAUCGAGUCGCUGAUGAAGAGGAACUCGGCCGUGGCUCUGACCUUCCUCCAGUGGUUCAAGAUCUUCUUCGACGAGAACAAUGAUGGCAGAGAGUACAACGCCUUGGAAGCUAGAGGAGGACAGAGCCUGGUUCCUGCUGACCUCGGUGGUGCAUUUCUCCUGCCGAAUCAGAAACUCGCUGUCACCGUGACGACGGACAGUAAAACUAUAGAGCAAGAAAAAGCAAAUGAUGUAAUCUCGCUGAUCUCCGACGACGAGGACGAUGUGGUGGACCUGACGAUGGAGUUGGUAACAAACAAAGACGAGUGUGUUCGGCCUGAGCAGGUGAAGGGGGCGGAGCCAACAGACCCGUCGGUGGACGAGGGCGAUGUUUUGCUGCGCUUCAGUAAACGAUACUGCCGCGAUGACAUGGACCUGACGCCGACCGGCCAUAUCAUCAAGGCACUCCGCAGCACGCCGUACUGCCUGUACCUGUACGUCGGGGUGGAGCUCGGCGGGGGCCGGAGGACGAGCAUUGUCCUGAUUGGCUACUUCGAUGGGUGCUCGGGUGCGAGCGUGGUGAGGCCGCUGCUCGCGCUGCAGCUGAGCGUGGACUCGGCGGUCGGAGCCCCGGAGUCAGAUUCGGACCUUCUGAUGAAGGCGCUGACGGAGGCUGGUCUUCCUCUCUCCAACCUGGCUGUGUUUUACUGUGAUGCUCCGCCCCCACAGGUGAGCCGGAGGUUUGAAGCCCAGCUCCGGCUUUUCAGCCCCAGCUUGUUAUCGCUCUGCGGCCUUCCCGGCAUGGCGGGACGAGCGUGCCAGGCCGGACUCCUCACGUCCUUCAGUCACGUGGUCGACCUGGUGAAAGACAUCCACCGUCACUACUCCACCUGCGCCUCCAUCAACGACAGCCUGAAGGAGCUGUUUGCAAACAUGGAGCACCAUAACCUGUCCCGCCCCAUCUCCUCGCAGUGCUUGUUCUUCAUCCACGCCGUGCAGAAGAUGGCGGGCUGCUGGACGGAUUUGGUGGAGUAUUUUAAAUUUGAGGUACAGGCCGUGGACGCCGAACGCAUCAGCACCCAGCGAAUCAGCGUCCAGCUGACCGAUCCGAAAGUCGAGCUACACUUCCUGUUCCUCGCCUACGCGCUGGAGCCUCUCCGUGCGCUCCAGGAGCUGCAGCAGUACGGCUCUGCGAAUGUCGGCGUGGAGCUGCAGCUCACGCUCGUGCUGCUUCACUCGUACGCGGCGAGGGUCCUGCGGCCGGCCGCCCUCAACGACUUUCUCAGGAGGCGAGACGUAAAGCUGCUCAGCAGCGAGGCGAAGCUGCUGCCCGCAGCCGACGUGAAAGUGGGCGCUCGAGUAAAAAACUUCCUGUGGGCCACCCCGGCCGUGGACCUGGACGAGGAGGAGAGGGCUGACUUCAUGAAGGACGCGCGGGUGUUUUACCAGGCGGCGCUGCGGAGCGUGGUCGAGAGCGUUCCCGAGCAGCUCGGAGACUCGGCGCUGAGGAACAUCACCCUCGUCCAGAAAGACCCUCGCAGAGUCAGCAAUAAGCUAUCCAGCAGCGUGCUGUCAGAGAUGGCGGUAGAGCUGCGUCUGUGUGACGCCGGCUCUUCAGAAGCUCAUCAGCUUCAGGGCGACUACCUCAGUUUGAUUGAAGCGACUAGAAGAGGAGAAGCUACUUCCUGGGCAAAGAUGGUGAAUGAAGUCAGCCCCGGCUCGACGCUGCACAGGCUCAUUUUGACCCUCCUGGCCCUGCCCAGCUCACUGCACCGGACUCAGGUGUUUGCUAAGGUAUCGAACAUCCCCAAGAAUCUUCCUGACAGUCAAGAAGCCUCCAAAGCUUUACCUGAACCGGGCACAUGGGCGAGAAGACCCAACAACCGCAGGAGGAAGAUGCCUCUCCGUCACCAGACAGCUUAUGAUAAUGAGAGGAAACAGGAAGUGGAUAAACUGAGCUCAUCGGAGGACAGCGACUGGACCAAAUCCAGCCCACCUGUGCGUUCCAGGGAAUACAGCAGCAGCAGCACAGAGGAGUCGGGCGACACAGAAAACUCCUCUGAUGUGGUGGAUGUUACAGAAGCUUCCAGAAUGUGUUGGGCUGGCAGACCGAGGCAGCUGCAGAGUCACAGGAAUCGUCAGGCCAAGUCUGCUUUUGUCAUGAGCAGCGAUGACGAGGAUUUGGCAGCCACGCCGACCCGAGUAGCAUCAGCGCAGGAACAAUCACCUGGGGAGCUGGUCUGGGGUUACGUGGGGGGCUUCGCGCUGUGGCCGGCCGUCGUCCUGCCGUGCAGAGGAAAAGCGUCACCGCCAGGGAAGACGCUGGUGGAGUGGUACGGACAAAAGAUGUCCUCACAGGCCAGUUUGCAGGAUCUCAAACCUUUCGCUGCCUUCACCCAGAACUUUUGUGCCGACUCCUUCAACAUCCUGAACACCUACCAGGAGGCCGUCUACCUGUCCCUGCAGGAGGCAGCUCGGCGCUGUAAGAAGCAGUUCUCUCCUCCCCCAAAUGGGAGGGAGGAGCUGCUGAAGCAGAUGUUGGACUGGGCGUUUGGAGGCUUCCAGCCGACGGGGCCUGAAGGAUUUCAGCCCAACGCUCCAAAGAACGACUCCAGGCCGAGGGCAAUGAAGAAGCUCCCCCAUAAAGCCUCCUCUUCUCCUGACUCCUCCAGCCUGAGGAGCAGCAGUGGCACCAACCUGAAAGAUGUGGAGGUGCACCUGAAGAGGCUGUCCUGCAGCUCCAUCAGGAAGGCAUCAAAGCCAGCAAAGGCAAACAAAGAGGAAGGUCAUCCUGCGGAGCACAGCCCCAAAGCACAGAAGGAGAAGGAACAUCGAGGAGGAGGGUCAAAGACAGGGAAACAGGGGAGGAAGGAGGAAGAGGAGGAGGAGGAAGAAGAGGAGGAGGAGGAGGAAGAAGAAGAAGAGGAGGAGGAGUGGCGAGGAGGAUGGAGAAAGGGGAAGAGUAAGAAGGGAUGGAGAGGAAGGAAGGCUCAUAAGAAGCGAGGCGAGCUGAACGAUGACGUGUCGUCUGACUGGAUGCCGAGCAGGAAGAAGAUCUACACCAAACUCCACAACAAGGUCAACAAGCCGACCGCCUCCUACACGCAGCCCGACCAGAAGCACAGAGAGAAGAUCAUCAGCACGAUCGUGGACACCAAGCUGGACAUCGAAGGGUACUGUCUGUGCUGUGGGACUGACAACAUUGAGAUCUUCCACCCUCUGUUUAAAGGCGGCCUGUGCCUGAAGUGUAAGGAUAACUUCACAGAAACCUUAUAUCGUUACGACGGCGAUGGAUAUCAGUCCUACUGCACCAUCUGCUGCUACGGGAUGGACGUCCUGCUGUGUGGCAAUGAUGGCUGCUGCAGGUCUUACUGCGAGGACUGUCUGAACAUCCUCGUCGGGCCGGGAACGUUUGAUUCGCUGAAGCUGGAGGACCCGUGGAUCUGCUACCUGUGUCAGGCUCACAGACCCCACAGAGCGCUGGUCCCCAGAGAGGACUGGAGCAUCCGCGUGCAGGAGUUUUUCACCAAUGACAGCGGCAUGGAGUUUGAGCCUCACCGCGUUUACCCGUCCAUCCCUGCAAACCUCCGCCGGCCCGUCAGAGUCCUGUCGCUGUUCGACGGCAUCGGCACAGGUUUCUACGUGCUCAAGGUCCUGGGCAUCAAAAUAGACAAAUACAUCGCCUCUGAGGUUUGCGAGGAUUCGGUCGCCGUUGCCACCAUCAACCACGACGGGAAGAUCGUUCACAUCGGAGACGUCCGGCACAUCACUCAGGAACGCCUCGAGCAGUGGGGUCCUUUUGACCUGCUCAUCGGCGGCAGCCCCUGUAACGACCUCUCCAUCGUCAACCCGCUAAGGAAAGGCCUCUACGAGGGCACCGGGAGGCUUUUCUUUGAUUACUACCGCAUCCUUCAGUGGCUGAAGCCCAAAGAGGACGACCCGCGGCCGUUCUUCUGGCUGUACGAGAACACGGUCGCCAUGAACACCUGCAACAAAAUCAGCAUCUGCCGCUUCCUGGAGUGCAACCCGGUGAUGGUGGACGCCAUGCACGUAACUCCGGCCCGCAGAGCUCGCUACUUCUGGGGAAACAUCCCGGGAAUGAGGAGGCCCAUCGUAGCCACCCAGAGCGACAAGCUGGACCUGCAGGAGUGCUUGGAGCUGGGCAGAAAGGCCACGAUGUGUAAGGUGAGGACCAUCACCACCAAUGCGAACUCCCUGAAACAAGGAAAAAAUGUCAACAAGCUUCCCGUCCUCUACAACGGCAAAGAAGACAAACUCUGGAUCACGGAGUUGGAAAGAGUCUUCGGGUUCCCCAAACACUACACCGACGUGAGGGACAUGAACCGGCAGCAGCGGCAGAAGGUGCUCGGGAAGGCAUGGUGCGUCCCUGUCGUCCGUCACCUGUUGGCCCCCCUGAAGGACUACUUCACCUGUGAGGACCUGUCUCCUCUAACCACAGCCUCCUCCACCACCUCCUCCUCCUGCUCCUCCUCACAGUCCUCCAUUGCCUCUGCAGAGCAGCAGCUGUCGGGUUAGGAGGAGGCGCUACCGUUCAGAUGGAGUCGUUUGAUCAGCGACACACUGCUGACGUGUCAGUUUGUGCGCAGGUGUCUGGACAUGUUGACUCUUUAUUUAUCGCCUAUGAAGUCAUGCAUUUAAAACUCAAACACAGGCUGUGGAAACCUGUGUGUGCUCAGGUGCUUUUAGACUCUACCUCCAAUAAAACUGUGACGACUCAAAGGUUGAAGUCCUUUGUUACUGAGGUGCUCGCUGAUGAUGAUGAUGUCGAUGAUGAACUGUGUGUUUCUGUAAUGAAGCUGUAACCAGGUGCUUUCCUUAAAUUAUCCCUCCCUCCCUUAAUUGUGCUGUUGUUGGUGUAAAUCGGUUAAACUGUGAGUGCGACCGUGACACACACGUCACUUUAUGUUCUUAAUAUUUCACACAGGACUGAUCUGUGGAUGUCGACUUCAUUUGUAUUAUUUGGUUUGCAGUUUUUCUAUCAGCUAUUUCAUGUCUGUGUGAAGCGCUCAGCUCGUCUGUGACUUCAGUCUCAGGGAUUCGAAGCAAGUGAGGAAAACCAAUCAGACGGAGCCGACGUGACAAACAUUUCUGUUCAAAUGUUGCUCAGACGUUUAAACCUCACAGUUAAACAUCAUCACCUCACCAUCUUUGUUUGCUUAUUGAAAUGUCAAAGUAACUUUAUGUAAGAUUGUUAAUUUUCAAUAAACAUGAAUCAAAUCUCA